GUUCAUGUUACCCAUAGUUCCACAGUGGCUGAUCACUGUAAGACGUAUGCCUUAAGUUAUCCUAAAGACAAAGACUUCAUUACAACAUGUGAUCAUGAGCAUAAGGAAAGGUGUGAUCGGUGUGUUAUAUUUCCUAAAGUCGUUUCUGAGUUAACUAAAGUGAUAGAAAACCUUCACGAUGGAGACGAAAAAGACCAACUGAAGUUUGAGUUAAACCAAGCUAAGCAGAAGAUUGACGCAUGGAAAGCGCACAUUAUUAGAUCUAUUAAUCAAGACCAAGCUAGACUAGACAUUAUAAAUAACCUUGGUCAAGAGUCUGCACUACUAGUACUUGACUGGGCCAUGAAAUUCCUUCCCAGGAAGUUUCGAGAGUCACAAAGUGACUGGUUCGGGAAACGGGGAAUAAGCUGGCAUAUAACCGUGGCUGCACGAAGAAAUGAUGAAGGAAAUAUCACAAUGGUAACUUUUGUACAUAUAUUUGAAAAGUGCAGUCAGAUCAGUGCUACUGUGUUAGCGAUCAUUGAUGACGUAUUCAGUCAAUUAAAGUCAUUUGCACCAGAAAUUUCCACUGUCUUUCUCAGGCAAGACAAUGCCGGAUGUUACCACUCAGCAGAAGUGUUACUUUCCAUCAACCAAAUUGGCACAAAGCACAAUUUGAGGAUUUCAAUGGAUUUCUCAGACCCGCAAGGCGGGAAAGGGUCCUGCGACCGUAAAGCGGCUGGGCUAAAAGCUAAAAUGAAAGUUCAUCUUAACGAAGGUAACGACAUAGAGACUGCAGAACAGAUGGUUGCUGCUAUAGAGGCAAAGGGCGGAGUUCCUGGAGUUAGAGUACGAUUAUGUGGUCCUCAAAGUGAAGAUGUACUGUUUACAGCAAAAUGGGAAGGAAUCAGUUUCCUUAACAACAUGAAAUUCAGCGAUGAGGGAAUAACCGUAAGGAGAGCAUAUGGAAUAGGAACUGGUAAAAUGAAGAAAUGGAAAGAUUUCAACUUGCCCAAAAACUAUCAUCCACCAUCCCUGACCGAUCCACACGAGAUGAGUGACCAGAGUGCUUUAGCUGGAUUUUCUCAAGUAAUUCCUAGGCAUCAUUCCAAGCAGACACAGCCCCAAACAAGCGAUGGUCAUUUGCAACAGCAAGAUACAGCAGAAGAAGAUCCAAUUCAUGACGACAAUCCCGAAGCUGAAAGCUUAUUCUUUUGCUCAGAGGCUGGAUGCGUUAAGUCCUUUCAAAAACUUUCUGCUCUUGAAAACCACCUUGACUGCGGAAGACAUAAGUACGCGCUAGAGCAAUCAACUAUGUUUGACAAGGCAAUGCAAUUGUAUGCGUCAAAACUAGAAGAAGGAGCAACCACUGAUGUACCGCAAAUCACUCCCAUUUUAACUGAAAUUAACGAAGACACGCCGAUGCUGCAAAUGGGAUGGGCCCUGAAGAACACAAAGGAGUACAAACGACUUACCGAAAAGCAGUAA